AUGUCUGUUACUUAUGUCACUGCACAAUUCCCGAAAUUUACCUUUGUGACAUUAUUAAAAUUGUGUCAACACGAGGCUGUGGCGGCCGCCCGCGCCGGUAAGAUUACAGCUCCGGCGGGCGUCACGGCGGCUGCGGGCGUCGCGGCAGUCGGCGCUCGUCGCCCGUCCGCUCUCCGGUCCAGUACAUACAGCCUCCUCGCCACCCUUGUAUGGAUUAAUCGCAGCCAGCGGAGAGCGGACCAGUGCGAGCCACGCACGCCCCGCAGUCGCUCGUCCCGCCCGGGCCGCUACGUACCCCACGCUGCUUAUUUACCUUUAAGAGAUGCCUUCAUUAAAAUAAAGGCGACCAUGAUUCAAGUGGAUGGCUUCAAGCGGCCGUCGCCAUCACCUUCACGAUGCUCUAUUAGGAGUGACAGUAGAGUUUUUCGACAGCCACGUGUUAUCCAAGUUAAUAGAGAUGCAGCUACUAUGAUGGACGAAGAAGCUAUUGAAGGUCCUUGUAGUGCAGGAGAAGGUGCUUGCCCCUCAGACUGUGAACCUCAUAGUAAUCAACAUGGUUCACAUUUUCGUUCGAGAACAUUCAGUGAUGGCUUUAUUAGAAAUACUAGUCUAGAAUUAUUACUCGGUGUAGACUGUGAAGCCUGUCUAGCGCUUGCUUCACAAAGACACUGUAUUAAUGAACAGAUAUCUGAGCAAGAUUUUGAUUUAGUAUGCAACUGUAAUGUCCGACAAAAUAAUUACUUAAAUUGUUACCGGGACUCUAUUAAACAACGUGGACACACUUUAAACAUAUAUGAUAUUGAAAGAAUUAGACGGGAUACGGGGCGUGGUAGCCUAACUGUUGGAUCACAUAGGAGCCUUGAUAGAAAACAUUACAAAAGCAAAACAAUAGGUGUUUCGAGCUACAUAUCAAAACAAUUUAUCUCGUAUGAUCCAACCAACACGUUAGUACAAAAAAUUAAAAGAAAACUGUCAAAUUUGAAGAAAGUGAAAGGUGAUAGCAUUGGCAAAAAACCCCAAAAUGCUCUUCAACUCUCCGAAAUGGCAUCUAGUUCAACGAACUCUUUAAAAAAGCUGUCAAUGUUAUCUCUUGUAGAUAAAACUCAUAGGAAAUUGGACAGUCAAAGUUGCAUUUUUUCUCCUUCGAGUAUGCAAUCAAAAGAUGAUUUGAAGAAUAAUAUGGCCACAUAUGAAAAUUUUUCUUCAAAUAUUGAUCAAUGUUUUGACCGCCUUCGAAAUGGUAACACUGAUAUAAGCACAGCACAGAGAAGUACAAAAUUACGGAAUUUUGACAAUAAUGAUGAAAUUUUUGUAAAAAAUACACCAUUGAUCAAAUUUUCUACGCUUGAUAAUCGUAGUCGUUGCAGAAGUAUAAGAAGGCAGCUAUCUUGUAAUGAUUUUCCAAGUGACCGAUAUAGAGAUCGAUUAGCAGACUCAUGGUCGCAAGAUGAGAACGCAUUUGUUUCUAGAAACGCGCGUAACGAUGUAGUCGAUGAAACACAAACAUUUGUGGAAACUGAUAAAGUAGGGAGAACCCCAAGAACGACUCAUGCUCAUUGCACAUGUAGUUCCAGCCAUGACAGAAUUCCCUCUAUAUUUUAUGAUACACACGGCAAAAAACGUCCGGCUCCAGCUCCGGAUGUGACAGAGCGAUCCCAAGGCAGAGUCUGUGGUGCGUGCAAGCCCACGCAAUGGCUGCCGCCCACCACAUCAACUACCAGCCACAGUUCAACUACCACCGCAAACUCUUCACGUUUGUCAGCCUGGCAUCGUCGUUGGUGCUGUGUCGCGAUACUCGUACUGGUCGCGGGCACCGCUUGUGUGGCAGGCCCCCUGGCCUUGCGGGCCCCUCCUGGCGCGCCGCUACACGAACGUCUUCGCCUUGCUGAGAGACUCCUUCAUGAUACACCGCUUAUAGAUGGGCACAACGACCUUCCGUGGAAUAUAAGAAAAUUUUUACAUAACAAAAUCAAAGAUUUCAGAUUCGACGACGACCUUCGAACAAUAUCGCCUUGGGCUACGAGUUCUUGGAGUCAUACAGAUCUGCCCCGUUUAAAACAUGGUCGAGUAGCUGCUCAGUUCUGGGCUGCGUACGUGCCCUGCGACGCGCAGCACCGGGACGCAGUGCAGUUGACCUUUGAACAAAUAGACUUAAUACAGAGACUCACAGACAAGUACCAUCCACAACUAACAUUCUGUACUUCUGCUGACGAUAUUCUGACGGCUCACGCAAAUCAUCGUCUUUGCUCUUUAGUGGGUGUAGAGGGAGGGCAUGCUAUAGGGGGCAGUUUAGGAGUACUUCGGACUUUGUACCAAGUUGGUGUUCGAUAUCUAACGCUAACUUCAACGUGUGAUACACCUUGGGCUGAAUGUGCAUCAGCCGAUCGACCCGAAUCCGCCCAAAGAGGAGGAUUAUCGCCUUUCGGCAAAAUAGUGAUAAAAGAAAUGAACAGGCUGGGUAUGCUAGUUGACUUAUCCCACGUGUCAGAGAAAACGAUGCGCGAUGCGCUAUCGGUCUCGCGGGCGCCGGUGCUCUUCUCGCACUCCUCAGCUCGCGCUAUCUGCAACGUGACCCGCAAUGUGCCGGACACCGUAUUACGUUUAUUGGCAGCCAAUAAAGGCCUCAUUAUGGUUAACUUUUAUACCUCUUUCCUCACUUGUAAGGACACUGCAACUGUUCAGGACGCUAUAGGACACAUUAAUCACAUACGUAACAUCGCUGGGGUGGAUAGUGUGGGGCUCGGCGCCGGAUAUGAUGGAAUCAAUUACACACCGCAAGGCUUAGAAGACGUGUCCUCUUAUCCUCUACUAUUUGCGGAAUUGAUGGAAGAUGGCUGGAGUAUAGAAGAUUUAAAGAAGCUAGCCGGCUUAAAUCUCAUUCGUGUACUUAAUGCUGCGGAGCGGGUGUCGCGAGAAUUGGCCUCUGCUCACGUAACGCCAUACGAAGAAGUUGCGCCACGGACUUUAGACUCUCAUAAUUGUUCUAGCCAAGACAUA